AGGUACACCCCUAGUUUCGCCUACAAGACACGGAGAUACAAAAUGGAGGCGACGUUACCUGGCUAAGAAAAACCGAACGGAUAGGUGCUUAGUAGUAUGUGAACCCAUCGAGUUUCACUUGCAGGUAGCGGAAUAAUAGUUUAGUCGACAAAGAAACCCGGGAAAAGUGGAUUAAAAAUGUUGCUGACUGUGAUCGCCGCCGUCUUAAUGGUAACAGGGUCUACCACGGCCAUCUCGGUCCGGUGCCCAACCAAGAGGUACAUUGUCAUCCUCUUCCAGCCGGUCACCCUCACCUGUGAAUACCAAACGUCCUCCAUUCAGCCUCCUGUUGUCACGUGGAGGUACAAGUCAUAUUGUCGGGACCCCAUUCAGGCUGCCCUGAACCCCAGCAGUGCUGAAAACAUCCUGUCCCAGAACAACCCCAACUACGACCCCAACAUCGAGUGUGGCGACAGCCAGAGGACGGUGCGUAUUGUGGCGUCCAAGCAGGGUAACGCUGUCAGCCUGGGCCAGGACUAUCAGGGCCGCAAGAUCAGCAUCCUAAACCAGGCAGAUUUGAACAUUGCUCAGACGGCGUGGGGCGACAGUGGUGUCUACGUCUGUUCUGUGGUGUCUGCCCAAGAUCUCACAGGGAACAGUGAGGACUACACUGAGCUGAUAGUACUGGAGAGAAAGUCAAAUACUACUGACCUCCUGCCUGGCAUUGACUUACUGGUUAUGGAAGACUGGCUGCUGGUUGUCGUGGUUAUAUUGGGCUUUGUGUUGCUGUUGAUCCUUAUUGGGAUCUGCUGGUGUCAGUGCUGUCCACACACCUGCUGCUGCUACAUCAGUUGUCCCUGCUGCCCUGAACGCUGCUGUUGCCCACGGGCACUGUACGAGGCAGGGAAAGCGGUGAAGAAAGGUGUAUCUAGUCAGUAUGCUCCAACCCUCUACGCCCCCAGUAUGUAUGCACAGCCAGCGUAUGUUGGGGGAAUGAGCCAGCCUGGUAUGCCCCUGCUUCCUUUACCCAACGGGAUCGGUGGCCCCCCUCAGCCGAACAGUUACAGUCGCGAAUAUGACAGAGCAAGCUCAGUGGGACAGGGCUCUCAGGUACCUCUGUUGCACGACCAAGACAAUGGAGGUGAAAACAGUCGCAGUGGGUAUCGUAUCCAGGUGGAUCCGGAUGGGAACGCCACACGAGCCAUCUAUUACAUGGAGAGGGAGCUAGCCAACCUGGACCCAUCUAGGCCAAGCAACUACAACCGCUUGGAUGGCAUGAGUGAAGUGAGUUCCCUGCAUGACAACCUCGACCCCAGAGGACGUGGGGGCCGUUCACAGCCCCCGCCCCUGGCCACCGUUUAUGACGGUGAUGAAGGCAUGAGUACCAUCAGCAGUGUCUCCCAACAAGCUCAACGCCGUGGUCCGGGCCCAUCUGGAGGCUACAUGGGAGGCCGUGCACGUGCUCGCUCCAUGGACAACCUUGACGACAUUGGACAUCGCUACUCCCGAGACGACUACCCACCUCAGCGGCGCAACGACGGGCCCAGAGGCCGGAGGGGCUCGGAUGAUGAGUGGAGCACCAGUGCACGUGGCGGCUACGACCGUGACUUUGAUGACCGCAGGCGCCGUGACUAUUCCCCAGAUGAUCGCCGGAGAGGAGGUGGUGCCUAUGGCGGCCUCCAGGGGAGACGCAGCCGUAGCCGUGAUGAUCUAAUGGACCUGGAGCGGGCUCACCAGCGGGGCGGUGGUGCCAGAGGUGGGCGGGACGCUUACGAUGACAGCUUCCUGCGCGAGGCCAUGGAGAGAAAAAAGAUGGGAGAGCAGCAGAGAGCCCGAAGCCGUGAACGCUUGGACAGUGAGAGCGACCGGUCAGACCGGGGAAGGGGAGCACGUGGGCCUCCGCCCCUCCCCGUGUCACCACCCUCUGGCUACCCUGGUCGCCGUGACGACUUCCCACCUCCUCCGCCUCCACCCUACAGUGAAGAUGAGAGUGUGUCGUCCUCCAAGAGAAGCAACCUGCGUAAGAAUGGGGCUGUGAGUCGGGAGAGCCUGGUGGUGUAAAGAGGAAAAACAUGAGCAUUGUGUCCGUUCAUACAAUUAUGAUCCACCUAUAAAAGGAAUAAUGAAUUUUAAAGAUUGUAAAUAUUAUUCAUAUUACUGAUUUUAUAUUGCAUUUUAUAAUGCAUAACAGUAACUGCAACACAAUUUCAUACUGGAUUUUUAUGUGUAAAUAUCUAAUUUGGGAAGACUAGCACAAAUGUAGUUUUUAUGUGCUUUUUCAUUUAUGAAACAUUGUGGCUGCCACAAGUGCCUUAUGAUGUACAGAAUUCUUCUUUUAGACCCAAAAGUUAAGUGAUUACUCUUUAAGUUACAUUAUACAGUUCAAAGUGGUUUAAGCUCUCUUGAUUUUUAAAAUUGAUAUGUAGUUUGUUUAAUGUAGACAAUGUAAGCAUUAUAUUAGAAUUAUGUAGGUUUUAUUGUGUUGAUAGCACUGAAUUAAGAUUUGGGGCUUUUUUACUUUCUGUGAAAAAAUAAAUUCUUGAUAAGAAAAACUGUAUAUUUUGAUGAAUUUGACUUUAGCUUUAUCUUAGUUGUGUUAUUACAUUGUUUCAGGACUUUGCAACCAUGGUAAGAAUAGUCUUGGCUAUGAUAGAUUUUUGAGUACUUCAGCUUUAGUUUUUUGUUUUGUUUUGUUUUUACACCAAUUUUCUUUUUUAACCUACAUUGUACAGCUUACGCCUGAAAAUGCUAAUGUUUGUGAUGUGAUGAAAUUACAUUUUACAAUAAAGCUUUUAUUACCUUA